AUGAGGCCUGACCCAGGGACAUUGACACACACGGGCCUCUGUUACAUCCUCUCCACAGCCGUCGCUCUCGGCAUAGGCGUUGCUGCGAGAGACGACCCUCACCUCUACUGCCUCUGUCAAUACGGGUACCACGACUAUGCCUCAGCUGAGUCCGGAAUAACCCAAAAAGUCUGCGGCGAGUACGACCCUCCUGGGACUGUCGAAUACUUCAAGGAUUCCCCCGACGCCGGUGUCCCGUACUGCAAGGCGGCUGACGGGUACUUCCACACUUGUGACAGUUUCCUGAAACAGUGCAACGCGCAAGGCGCUGGCGGCGGUUGCAAUUGCUGGGUAAGCACACGGGUACAAUUAGGACGUUUUUAG